CCGUAUCUUUACAAGUUGAGCGCAACGGGUGGGUGACAACAUCAUAGUUUAGUUGCCUGUCUUCGAUACCCUGUUUCAAGGAAAACGAACCCCCCUCUCUUCCUCUCUGUCUUGGAAACCAAAAUUCAAAGAAAUGGCAGCCAUCUCUCAAUUAAAUCAAUUUCCAUGCAAGACUCUCUCUUCAAAAACACCUCUCUUCUCCCACUUUACUUCUUCAAGACCCUCGAUUAUCCCUCUAAACUCGAUCAAGAACAACCCAACAACCAACAAUUCGAUCUUGAAACCAAGAAUUCUGGUAACCAGAGAACAACCCACCAAGAAAAGGAAUCUUCUCUUGGUUAAGGCUGUGGAUGAGGACGAGGGGAGUCCAGAAGAUGAAGGCCCUCCGGUUGCUUUGGCUGAGAAGGGGGAGGAGGAGCUGAAAGAGCUGGCAGAGGUUGAUCGCUUGAAGGGACAGCUGGUGGAUACUUUUUAUGGGACUGAUCGUGGACUGAAUGCUACCAGUGAGACUAGAGCUGAGGUUGUGGAGCUUAUUACUCAGCUUGAAGCCAGAAACCCCAAUCCUGCUCCCACUGAGGCAUUGACUCUGCUCAAUGGCAAAUGGAUCCUUGCAUACACAUCUUUUGCGGGCUUGUUCCCAUUGCUGUCAAGGGGUACACUGCCAUUGGUAAAGGUUGAGGAAAUAUCUCAGACGAUCGACUCAGAGAACUUAACUGUCCAGAAUUCUGUUCUAUUCUCAGGGCCGCUGGCUACUACAUCCAUUAGUACCAAUGCCAAAUUUGAAGUCCGAAGCCCCAAGCGUGUGCAGAUCAAGUUUGAAGAAGGCAUUAUUGGGACUCCCAAGCUGACAGACUCAAUAGAGUUACCAGAAAAUGUGGAAUUUCUUGGACAAAAGAUCGACCUCACACCCUUCAGAGGCAUAAUCUCCUCCGUGCAGGAUACAGCCUCAUCUGUUGCAAAGACCAUUUCCAGCCAACCACCAUUGAAGUUCUCUAUCUCAAACAGGAAUGCUGAAUCAUGGUUGCUAACCACAUACCUCGACGAUGACCUUCGGAUUUCAAGAGGUGAUGCUGGCAGUGUAUUUGUGCUCAUUAAGGAAGGCAGUCCCCUCUUGACACCGUGAACAAACCAAAAAAGGAAGAAAUCUCCCUAUCAUUUUUCUUUCUUUUCUUCCCCAUGUUUUUCCACCUUCUCGUACAGUGUUGCUUUGCGAAGGAGAUAUUAAAUUGUGUAUGUAAUAAUAUAUGUAUGAAACUAGAAAACUUGACGAAGAUGGUUUUAAUGGAUAUGACAAGACUCCUUUCCCCAUUUCAACAGGGUUUAUAAAUUUUUCA